CAAAUUCUGUGUUUAAUUUAAACGUUAAAAUUUGCACAAAAUUACCAGAGAUUAAUAAAAAUUAAACUAGUGCAUUUACUGCCUUAAAUUUAUAUAUUUUUUUAAAUAAACAAAGCAAUUAUUGCUUUGUCAGGUUGGCGGCUUUGCUUAGUCAAUUUUCGCCCUAACCUCACACUUAGUUCAAGCAUUAAUGAUAGCCCCCUUUUAGCUAUGAACGUCGUUCGGAACGUGUUAACUUCAGUUCGCUUGGGGGCUUUAACCUUAAAGUCGGCCCGCACUUACGCCUUCAAGAGUGAUUUAAAAAUCAAAUGGGUCCGUCCGGAGAAAAUCUCUUGUAUUAAGCCGGAAAAAAGCGGUGAUCUUGAAGGCAUGAUGCACAUCGACCCGUCCCAGCCUCAACUCCCCUUCCGUGGUUCGAAAGAGUUGGAAACGGCCGACGAAACCGUGAAAAAAUUGUUCUCGUUAGAGUAUGCCCCCCGUAGGAAGACGACCCAAGUGUAUGGCUAUGAAAUGAAGCAACUUGUAAAGAGGCAUUCGUUCGAUACGGGUUCUGUUGAAGUCCAAAUUGCCAGAUGGACCGCAAUAAUCAGAGCUUACCAGGAGUUGAUGGAAAAAUUUCCUAGGAAUAAAGUCAUGAAAGUUAUUUUGAAGGAGCUAAUCGAUAGAAGGAAAAAGAAAUUGAAGUAUUUGCGAMGGUGGGAUUACAAACGUUUUGAAUGGUUACUGGAAGCGUUGAAAAUUGUGUACAAACCGCCUCCUGAACACUUCCAUUGGAUCACCAGGAAGGAGUCUUUAAGGAAAUUGACGAAUAAUUACUGCGAGGAUAUUAAGCAACGCCGACUUGAAGACUAUAAACAGAUGUUACAAAAUGAGCAACCUGUAUUUUUGCAAGAAAAAAUCAGAGCUCUCGAGUUUAUAAAAAAUGAGCAAAGUGAGUGUGGAGUUGAAGUCACCGUCAAGGAUGAGGAAAUUGAAGCAGUGAGGAAACAACUCAAGGAAUUGGAGGAGAAACGUAAAAAUGGGGAAGACUAUAACAAUUAGUGUUUUUUUUUUUGAAACAUUUUUUUCGUUUUCCGUUAAAUACAUGUAUCACGUACACAUAACGACGAAAAUGCAACAAUAAAAAUCCCUAAUCUAGAAACUUCACAUACAUACGAGUGAAAAUACUUAAAAAAAUAAAAUGUUUGUUACACA